AUGGAUUGGCUCCUGACCACCGGCUUGUCGGCCACCGCCGGCGCGUGGGGCGCCCACGCAGGCCUCGGCGACGAAGUGGGCAGGCUGCGCUCCGUGCUGUCCCGCGUGCACGCGCUCGUCGAGCGAGCGGAGCAGUGGCGGUUCGCCAACCCCGGCGUUGCCGAUCUCCUCGCACGGCUCAGGGACGCCGCCUGCGACGCCGAGGACCUCGCGGACGAGCUCGCCACGGACGAGAAGCGGGCGAGCCAGAGCCUCUUCCCAUCCGUGCGCGGUUUCCUGCGCGGAUUGGUCACCGGCGCGGCGGAUAGAGCCAGAGCCGUCACAGUCCGUGCCCACGAUCCCGGCGGCGGCGGCGGCAGCGCGAAGCGACGGAAGAGCCGUGACGGCGUGGCCGUGUUGGCGAUCCUUGGCAUGGGCGGCGUGGGGAAGACCACUCUGGCGCAGGUUGUGUACAACGACCAGAGGGUGCAGGACCACUUCGACCUGCGGAUGUGGGUUUGCCUGCCGGAAUCGCCGGACGUGACACUGGUGACCAAGGUGAUCAUCGAGUCGGCAACCAAAGGCGCGGCGGCGCAAACCGGCCUUGCCAAUUUGGACUCACUUCAGGUGGUUCUCAGAGAUUUGGUCAGUUCCAAGAGGUUCCUUCUUGUCCUUGACAAUGCCUGGUGUGAGGACAGUGUGGAGUUUCAGACACUCGUGGCACCACUGAAGUUUGGGUAUCCUGGAAGUGCCAUCUUGGUGACCAGUCGCUCUUGCAAGGUUGCGGAUGCCACCGGAGCAGCGGAGCUGUUGUGUCUGAAUGGAUUGCCGGAGGAGGCUUACUGGGAGCUGUUCAAGCAGUAUGUAUUCGGCAAUGAGGACCCUGCCGGCCAUCCUGAAUUGGUGGCCAUUGGGAAGAAGAUUGCCCACAGGCUCAAGGGCUCCCCUCUUGCUGCCAAGACUGUCGGCGUGGCACUGAGCUCUGACAUGAGCACAAAGCAUUGGAGCAUAGUCAUGGCAAGUGGGUUGUGGGAGCUUGAUCAAGGUGCAGGAGGCAUUCUCCCGGCUCUCCGACUGAGUUACCAGUACCUCCCGGCACACCUCAAGCAAUGCUUCAUAUUCUGCGCGAUAUUUCCGAAGGGGUAUAUCUUCGGGAAGGACACUCUUAUUGACAUGUGGAUUGCAGAAGGCUUCAUCUCACCUCAAGGCGACUUUGGGAGCAUAUGCUUGAAAGAAUUGCUCAGCAGGUCCUUCUUUCAGCAACACAUGUUCAGUGACUCCUGUUAUGUCAUGCAUGACCUGAUGUCUGAUCUUGCACAGUCGCUCUCUAUAGAUGAAUGUUUUUGUCUGACUGAUGAAAGAUGCCUUCCGAAAAUCCCUUCAACCAUUCGCCAUCUGUCAGUGUGCACCAAACAUCUUGAACUGAGCAAGUUUCUUGAACUGGGUAGAUACACAAAGCUGCGGUCACUUUUGAUUCUCGGUAUGUCUGGGCAAGAUUUGAGUUGCUCACUUGACAUUUUGUUUGAUAAACUGAGUAAUAUCCGCGUGCUGGUGCUACGGGGGUGUGCGGUCAAAGAGCUCCCUAGGAAUAUUGGCAAUUUGAAACUUCUCCGGUAUAUCGAUAUCUCUUACACAAAGAUCCAAUGUUUGCCUGACUCCAUUUGCCAACUAAACAAUUUGCAAAUUCUGAAUGUACUGAACGUCCCUCUGAAGAACCAUCCCAAAGGUUUGACUAGAUUAGUCAAUCUGAGGAAAUGUUACGUGAAUGAACCGAUUACUUCGGUGAUGAGCAAUAUAAGCAAUUUGACAUCACUCGAGAACUCGUUGGUAUUUGAAAUUCCGAAAGGACAAGGGCACAGAAUCGCCGAACUGAAGGACAUGACACAGCUGACUGAAACUUUACAUGUUACGAAUCUUGAGAAUGUUGUGAAGGAUGAUGCUUUAAAAGCCAAGAUGAGCACAAAGGCGCACCUACAACGGUUGAUUCUGGAAUGGUCUUCAAGCAAAACUGGUAAUGCGGAAGUCAGCAAUGCCAAGUAUUCACAAGAAAGCAUUAUUGUUGAAUCAUUUGAGCCCCAUCCCAACCUUGAGAGUUUGAAAUUGAAGCACUACAGUGGCAUCCCAACACCAUCUUGGUUGCAGGCUGGAAAACUUUGCUGUUUGUGCGAGCUCAGUCUCUCCAACUGCCAUUUCCUAACUGAAGUCACCAGCCUCCCUUCUUCCCUCAGGAGGUUGCACAUCAUACGGUGCAGAAACCUCAGGAGUCUCGAUGAGUGUCUACAGGCACAGAGCUUGCAGGGAAUCACCGAAAUAACUGUUAUGAACUGCUCAAAACUAGCAUUGCUCCCUGUGGAAAGAUUUCGGGGCUUUGCUUCUCUUCGCGUAUUGGAAAUUCAAAAUUGUCCAGAGCUUCCACCCACAAGGAAACUGACCCUGCCGCCAUCAAUGGUGGAGUUGCUUAUGAGAUCAUGCGGCCAUGUCGAUGCAUCACUUCCAUCCUGCUUGCACAACCUGCCUUCACUUGUAAGCUUGAUUAUAUACAACUGUCCUAACUUACUAUCCCUUCCAGCAGAAAUAGUUUCGCAGCUGCGAUCACUCCGAGGGAUGUAUGUCGAUAACUGCAGCAGCCUGCGAUCCUUGGGUGGACUGCACCACCUUUCGUCACUCAUCAACCUGCAUAUUGUGAACUGCCCUAGGUUGACAGACCUUGAUCCCUUGAUGUUUCUGGACGUCGGCGAAGGCCAGGGUUACAGAAGCUGGAGUGCCUGA